AUGGUUCAUCCCACGAUACCUAAAGAGCUUCAGCUUUCUCAACCACUGAACCACACUCUUCCCGGUCAUCAUGGCUCAUCCACUCUCACCGUCAAAGAUCUCAAAGCUCUCGCAGUCCCUCACCGAUCCUCCAAACCAGGCACAUCCCGUCGCAUGCGUCUCUUCCUGCCCGCAGACUCACCGCACAUCAACCUCUGCAAAACCAUAAUGUCCGCCGUUGCGAUGGGUUAUCCCAUGCCCAUUCUCCUGAACUGGAAGCGCGAAUACAAUCGACCUGCAUGGCACUUUGCAGGUAGUCACAUCGCCAAGCUCGAAAGUCUCCUCACAGCUAUCGAAACACUCCUUGAAUCGGAAAGCGACGACGUAGGAGAGGAUGAUGUAGCGGUGUUGGUAGAUGCGUAUGAUAUGUGGUUUCAACUUCCACCUUCUGUUUUGCUAGAACGAUAUCAUCGUCUCAACAGUGAAGCAGAUGCAAGGAUACGCAAACAGUGGAAAGAUCUUGGUAUCGGCACUGACUUUCCUGUAUCACCACCUCGACAAGACAUAAUCGUCACUACAGCAAAAGAUUGUUUUCCCGAUGCAUAUUCAGGAUCGGAUCCUCACUAUGAGCACUGGCCCGAAUCCCCCAUGCCGAAGGACAUGUAUGGACAAGACACAGAUAAAGUCCCAUGGUCUUUUGAUCCAGCGCGCAAAUACAAAAGGGUCCGGCCACGAUGUGUGAACAGCGGUCUUAUCAUGGGUUCUAUGGGAGGAUUGAGAGAUGCUCUGAAAAGAUCAAAACAGAAAAUUGAUACAGUGGCCAUGAAAGGCCGUCAGCUUUGGAGUGACCAGGCGCUUAUUGGUGAGGUUAUCGGAGACCAGGAGAUUUGGCGCGAGUGGAUGAGACAUGUUGGAUCUUCGUGGAAUGGCUCUGCUGCUUUCAACGACAGAAGCUCACUCGAUCGCACAGUGGGUGGUAUCGCAGAUGCCGCCCUCCUUGGGAAACGAUUCGAGUUCGGUAUCGGUCUAGACUACAACUUCACCACGGCACCACCAACAUGUUCGUCCGAAGAAGACGGAUACUUCGUCAAUCUUUCAAACGAGACCAAUAUACGCGAAGAGUCCCAAAAGGCCGGUGUUCCAGGGGAUAUCCGCAUUCACGGUAUACCAUCCGAGCUAAGCAACAUUAAAGACAAACUGCUCUCUUCUACAAACUGGGGUACGAUCCCGCUCUACACAGACUUCUUCUUCGGCACAACACCAAUAGCAAUCCAUCACAACGCCUACAUAAACGGGCUUAAAGGCUUCAGACUCAAGAAUUGGUGGCACAAGAUGUGGUACUAUCCUCACCUCCGCCAUCUCAUCACCCAACGUCUCCAACAAGCGCCUUCGUCUCAAACUCUCGCAAAGAUCAAUCUCGGUGGAGAUAAGAUCGUGUAUAAAUCGCCGCAAGAAGAUAAGCUGCGCAAACCCCGUGUGUUUUCUCUCAAGGAGCCAAACUUUACGCUUAUAGACUGGGACGCCGUGUGUCAGAAGCCAGAUCACGCUGUGAAGUGGCACGAUGAGCUUUUUGGCGACGACAAAGGACCCUUGGCUGUCUAUUCGGUGAAUUGGUCAUAG